ACACCUACUCGAUCUAUUUUUUUGUUCUUUCCAUUCUAAAAUCCUCCAAGCAUAUAUACGGGUCUCAUGGAUCAAGAAGCUGAUAACUUGAUCAAGACUAAUUCAGAACUAUAUAAAGCUCUAAUGAUGAAGAAGGAUGACGAAAAGGUGCUUGAGAUAUGUGCAAGCAUCACCAAGGGCCCUCUGCAUACAAUCACGAUACACCAAGACACUGUGAUCCAUAUUGCUAUUUACCACAAGAAAACCAACCUAGCCCUCUCUCUUCUUGAUAUGGUGCCUCACUGUGAUACUCACAAACUCACUUGGCAGAAUAGCAGAGGAAGCACCAUCCUUCAUGAAACCGGCACUAACAAUAGUACGGUUAGCAUUACGAAGGAAUUGCUACGCAGGGCUCCUAUGUUGCUGGGUAUGAGCAACAAGCAAGGUGAGACUGCAUUGUUCUAUGCAGCUCGCCAUGGCAAGUCAAAAAUCUUUAAGUACAUUCACGAUGAAGUCAUGAGGACAAACCAAGGACCAGAUAUGAAAACCUUUCUCAUAAGGGAUGAUAAGUCCACCAUCCUGCAUCUUGCCAUUCUUAGCAGAAACUAUUGGAUGGCGCAUGAGAUAGAGAUCAAGCAUAAACGUUUAAUUCAUGAAAAGGAUGAAGACGAGAUGACCCCCCUUCAACUUCUUUCAUGCCGUCAACUGAAUCUUUUGCCCAAGAGAUACAUCACUCGCAAGAUAUAUAAUUUAAUUGACCCAAAUGUGGAAGACACUAGCCGGAUUUUGUCAUUUCUAAAAAAAAUGCGCAAAAACAAGUUUAGAUAUGAAUGGGGAAUGAAACUAAUAAAGUUGCUGGUAAAAGAAGACACAUCAUGGGAAAAUACUGAAGCAAGGGUGGGAAAGCACAGAGUCAAGUUCCAUGAAUAUGGAAAGAAAACAUCCACAAUUCAAGCUGAAAAAAUAACAACGAUUGAAGUCGGAAUUCGAUUGCCUCAUACGCCGUUACUAUUAGCAACUAAACACGGGUGUACGGAGAUUGUUGAGGAGAUACUCCAACAGUAUCCUCAGGCAAUAGAACAUAUCGACCAAGACGGUCACAAUAUUUUACAUGUAGCAAUCAUGAACCGUAACCAUGAAGUUUUUGAAUUUUUGAUGAAUAAGAAGUAUAUGACAGAGAGAUUGAGGGGGAAGAUCGAUAACGAUGCAAAUACAUUGUUGCAUAUGGUUGCUAAAGAGAUACCAGAUGUUGAUGCAGAGUUAAGAGGACCUGCAUUCGUUCUUCAAGAUAAUAUCCGUAUGUUUAAGGUGAGUAUAAUACGAUAUAUUUGCGAUGUUGACGUAUUUAUUCAAGUGGUUAACACCAUUGCAUCGAUCAGGAGACAGAGGUCUAGUUCUACCUUAGGUAGGUAUAUAGAACCUGGAAGCAGUCUCUCUACUUUAGAUAAUGUUAAGGCUUUUUACAUAUCAAUUUUGACAAACACUGUCUUAGACGGUACUACGACUCAUAACUCAUGA